UUUCCUUAUAUUCAAAAUUUUAGAGGAUUUACUUAGACGUACCUUUCAAAUGAAAUUUCUGAGUGAUAUUUUUCGUGUAGCAGAUUUGUGCCAAAUAGACGGAGUGCGCCAGGCAUGGCCUUCGUCGCACCAAUCUAGCAUUCCCCGUAGACUACGGAUGCCUGAACAACCUGAACCGAACUACUUGGAUGAGCCGGAGACAAUCUCCGUCGGGCGAUUCAUCUUCAAGAUCAUAAGGAUUGGUGCGCUUCUGCUGAUUUGGGCUUUCUUUACUUACAUUCUGGUUCGGAAUGCCACCACGCCGGAUUUGACAUCGGUGGUCACUGUGUUGCCCAACGAGACUGUGCUCCGCCGCCUGUCCGUGCCCCAUGAUGCGACUCAGAUAACGCUGAAGGGUCCCAUCGAUUUGCAAUUGCAGAAGCAUGAAAGCGUGAUUAUGGAGACGCCCCAUGUGGGCGUACGCGUGGAGUGGCGGGAUUCGGAAUUGAAAACCAAAUUCUGGAGUUCGGAUAUGUGGAUUGUCUAUCUGGCCGAGCAGAGUCAGGCUUUCACGAAGACGUCCAAAACCGUUCAGAUCUCGGAGGUUAGUAAUGCCCAGGCGGUGAUUUCGCUGGAGAGCAGAAGCGAGGAGCCGGUGGCGCUGCUGAUGGUGGUAUCGGUGUAUCCCUUGGUAACGGAAAAUGGUGUACUCUAUGCCGCUCUGCUGCUGAUCGGUUUCUAUAUACUGAUCGUCUUCGAGCUUACGGAUCGUACAUUCGCUGCUCUUAUGAUGGCCACCACUGGGAUAGCGAUUCUAACGGCGCUGGGAAAUCGACCGACUCUGGAAACAAUAAUCUCCUGGAUUGAUUUCGAAACUCUAAUACUGCUCCUCGGUAUGAUGAUACUGGUGGCGAUAAUGUCCGAGACGGGUGUAUUUGAUUGGAUGGCUGUGCUGGCGUACCGAAUAUCCAAGGGUAAUCCCUGGCCAAUGCUCCUGCUGCUCAGCUCAAUUACCGCCAUCAUGUCCUGUAUGCUCGAUAAUGUGACCAUGCUGCUUCUGAUGGCGCCAAUUGCGAUCCGUUUGUGCGAAGCCAUGGCCGUCCAGACGCCACUUGUCCUGAUAGUGGUGGUGAUGUACUCAAAUAUCGGUGGCACCCUCACGCCAGUGGGUGAUCCACCCAAUGUGAUCAUUGCCACCAAUUCGGAAGUGAUCUCCGCCGGAGUGGAUUUCCUCGAUUUCACCAUUCACAUGUUGCCUGGCGUUUUAUUGGCGGCUGUAGCGGGCUAUGCUGUCAUGUAUGUGACCAUGAGGAAAUCUUUGUUUAAACUGGAGGAACAACAACUUGAGCUGGCAGCUGAGCGGGAGAACAGUAGACGGCGAUCGAGUGCGGAUAUUACGGCUCGGGCAGAAGAAAUGCGCAUACGACAGCCGACGGGACGACAGUUACUGAAGCCGGCCGAAAACUAUUUUCAGACCCUGGCCCAUUUGGAGGCACAUCAUCGGAUCCGGGACAAGACGCUGCUGAUCAAGUGCCUCUUCACGCUGUGUUUUGUGAUCAUAUUUUUCCUGUUGCAUUCACUGCCCUUUAUGCACGGUGCCACAUUGGGUUGGGUGGCAAUUUUGGCCGCCUUCCUGCUUCUCAUUCUGGCCAAGAUGAACGACAUUGAGGCGAUACUUGACCAGGUCGAAUGGUCAGCGCUGCUCUUUCUGGCCGCUCUAUUCGUGCUCACUGAGGCGGUGGAUAAAUUGGGCUUCAUUCGCUGGCUGUGUGAUCUCACAGUCAAGGUGAUCAUGAGCGUCGAGGAGCGUUAUCAGACGACAGUGGCCAUCCUGAUAAUCAUCUGGAUGUCCGCCAUUCUGGCGGCCUUUGUCGGCAAUGUCCCGGUGACCACGAUGCUGCUGAGACUGAACAUUGAGUUGCACCGUAACGAUGCCAUCAGCGUUCCAUUAACGCCCCUCAUUUGGGCUUUGUCAUAUGGCGCCUGUUUCGGUGGUAAUGGCACCCUGAUCGGGGCUUCGGCCAAUGUUGUCGCAGCGGCAAUCGCCCAACAGUAUGGCUAUAAGAUCUCCUUUGUGCAGUUCUUCAUCUACGGCUUUCCCAUGAUGCUGACCAGUAUUUUUCUCGCAACGGUUUACCUGCUCAUCGCGCACUCGCUAUUCGCGUGGCACAAGACGUAGUUUUCCAGGAUACCAAGCCUCUGGAUGUUACUCCGAUUCUAGCACAUGGCUUCUGUAAGGAAGUGUAUACAUACAUCCCAAAUGUAAAGUAAUUCGUCUUCCCCAUUAAAGUUUACUAUAGUUUUU